CUCAUAUUAUAUAAAGACCCAAGACACUCUCACUUUUCGACAGGAUAACCACCUCUGUGAGCAUUCUUUAGCACGUGAAAAGGAAUCAUUAGACCUCUAAACACUCUUUUUUUUUAAUAAGGACUCGAAACUUUUGGUUACAUAUAUCGAGCAGCAUUUGUUAGACAGUCAUAUAACAAAAAUUUUCGCACAUUUCCUGGUAUAUUGGUCUUUUUUGAAAGCCAAUUCCAGUUUUGAAUUUAUCAUUAUAUUUGUUAAUUAGUUUUCUUAUAUUUCUAAAACUUACAUAUCACUCAUUCUUUGCGAUUUUGAUACCUCUAUUAUCUUUUGGUUCCCAUUCUAUAGAUUCCUUACGUCUCUCUUUUCAUUUAGUAUUCUCUUAUUGUCUGUUAUUUGAAGAUUUAAAUUCCCUUGCUUUCUUUACAAAUUCUAUCUUUGAGAUUUCCUGAAUUCAUAGACUUUCAAGUUUUCGGUUUGCAACUUCCCUAAAUCUUUGAUUACAUUCUUUGUCUCGAUUUCUAUACUCUCUUUUGCACGAUGCCUUCGUUAAGUUCUAUUGUUUCCUUUCUCACUACUACUUUCCUUCUUUUCCACGCUGUUUCUGCGUACGUGAUCAAGCGCAAUAACCCUGUCUUUGAUUACACUUCUGAAAAGAUUCGUGGUGUCAACGUUGGUGGUUGGCUUCUCAUUGAAGACUGGCUCAAUCCCGAGUUGUUUUCCCAAUUUAAUGGCAAUAGCAAUGCCCCCUCUGAUGAGUGGGGAUUCUGUGAAACCCUUGGUAAGGCUGAAGCUUACAAUCAAUUGUCUUAUCACUGGGGCACUUUCUUCACUGCCGAAGAUUUCGCCCGCAUUGCUAGCUGGGGUAUUAACGCGGUUCGUAUUCCUAUUGGUUAUUGGGCUUUCAGCGUUGAAGACAAUGAGCCUUACGUUCAAGGUCAAGAAUUUUGGCUGGAUCAGGCUAUUGAAUGGUCCCGCAUGAACAAUAUGAAGGUUUGGGUCGACUUGCAUGGCGCUCCAGGUAGUCAAAACGGUUUCGAAAAUUCCGGUAAGACUGGUAGCGUCGACUGGCAAAAGGACGGAAAUACUAACCGCACUCUUCAAAUCAUGUCUUACGUUACUGGCAAAUAUACUCAAGAUUCUUACAAAGACGUCGUUAUUGGCAUUGAAACUGUGAAUGAACCCUUAGGUAAUUCUCUUAACAUGGAUGAGCUCAAGGAAUAUGACUUACAAGUCUAUGACAUGAUUGCUAAUAAAUCCAACUCUGUCGCUACCAUUGUCCACGAUGCUUAUGUGGACUUGUCGGAAUGGACCUAUGGCCCUAUUUCUGGCAAUAUGUAUAACUUGGUGAUGGAUAUUCAUCGUUAUCAAUUGUACGAAAGCGGUGAAUGCUCCAAGACUUACAACGAUCAUCUCAACAGCAUUUGCAGCCUCGGUGAUCAAAUUGCCAAUAAUCCCUACAUCACAGUCACUGGCGAAUGGUCUUCUACUUUGGCCGACUGUACCAUUUGGAACAACAGUGAAUCUUCCUCUUCCUUCAUCGGUGUCAACAGUGGUAACAUUACUACAUGGACCAAUGAGUACAGAAAUGCUAUUCGUUUGUUUAUCGAGACUCAAUUGGACCAGUUGGAGCGUGGCGCUGGUUGGUUUUACUGGACUGCUAAAACUGGUGGCCAGAGCGCUACUUGGGACAUGGGUAUACUCGUCGAGAAUGGAAUUUUCCCCCAACCUUUGACUGACAGAAAAUUCUCUUCUUACUGUAGUUAAACUCAUAAUAUGUCCACUAAUAUUAUAUCUUGGAUCUACAUAUCUCUCGUUUGUUAGGGUUUUGGUGACCCCUGUAUGCUUAACUUAAUUGGUCGUUUCCGUUUAUUAUUAUUAUUAUUAUCAAUAAAAUAAUCCUAAUCCAAAA